CAUUGAUUCUCUCUUCACCUCUAAACGGUACCUCAGCCUUGCUUCCAUAGUCUUUGCAGAUAUAGUUGCAAUGGCUUCUCUUAACUUCUCUAGGAUCAGAGCAAUUGCUUCCUUCUUCCAGAUUUUGUUUCUAGUAUUCUCUGCCUCGUGUGUCGGAGGCUCUAAUGGGGAUAACCAGUGGCGGAGAGGCCAUGCCACUUUCUAUGGUGGUGCUGAUGCAUCUGGGACCAUGGGAGGGGCUUGCGGAUAUGGCAAUUUAUACAGUCAGGGAUAUGGCACGCUCACAGCUGCACUUAGCACUGCUCUGUUCAAUCACGGGCUGAGAUGCGGGGCCUGCUACGAGAUGAAGUGCACCGACGACCCGCAGUGGUGCCUGCCGGGCUCGAUCACUGUGACGGCCACCAACUUCUGCCCUCCCAACUAUGCCCUGCCUAACGACAAUGGCGGGUGGUGCAACCCUCCCCUCGAGCACUUUGAUUUGGCUCAGCCUGCUUUUCUGCAAAUUGCUCGGUACAGGGCUGGGAUUGUUCCAGUUGCAUUCAGAAGAGUGCCGUGCUUGAAGAAAGGCGGGAUGAGGUUCACAAUCAAUGGACAUUCAUACUUCAAUUUGGUGCUGAUCACCAACGUCGGGGGCGCGGGGGACGUUCACGCGGUGUCCAUCAAGGGAUCGAAGACCGGGUGGCAGCCCAUGAAGAGCAACUGGGGCCAGAACUGGCAGAGCGAUUCCUACCUCAAUGGCCAAUCCCUCUCCUUCCAAGUCACCGCCAGCGACGGCCGGACCGUCACCAGCUACGAUGUUGUGCCUGUUAAUUGGCAGUUUGGACAAACCUUUGAGGGUCGUCAGUUCUAGGCUUGAUGCUAUUCUAUUAAGCC